CCCCAUUCUCCAGGUGGUUCAGGGCGGCGCCAGUGGCGCUAGGCUGGUCCCUCCGGACGCGCCCCCCCCCCACCGUGGUCUCGGGCGGGAGCUGCCCGGGCUCCUCCCUUUUCAGCUCCGGCGCCCCAGCUCUUAACCCGCGCGCGGGAGUGUCCGGCCACUGGGCUCCCCGAGAGCGCGAGCGGUCAGCUCAGAGCCAGAGCCGCGCGCGUCCGGGUCCGAGGUCGACGCCAGUCCGCCAGCAUGCCCCCCUCAGCAGCGUCGGGCGGCAGCAGCCUGCCUAGCGGUUUUGCGGUCUUCACCACCUUUCCCGACAUACUCUUCCACAGUAGUUUUGUGUUCUCAUACACAGUCACUCUGCUGUACGUGGUCCACGCAGUGUUUUCUUUAAUCAGAUGGAAGUCUUCGUAAAGCAGCUGAAGAACUUUAGCUGAAAACCCAGAGGGUGUUAACUGAUCAGCCCACCUUCCAGCAUAACAUUUUGAAGGCAAAAAUACUCUCAAUGAUGGAAAAAGAAAACAAAUAGCAACGCUCUGCGUCUCUGUGGGUGUUAGGUCUCCUCUCCCAUAUACCCUCAUCUUAGGGUAAGGGACUUGCUAUGUUUAUCCUCUUAACUACUGAGCUAUCUUUCUAAGAUCAUUUCCUAUUUGAAAGGGGGCAGUGGAUGUGGGAAGUGAGGACUGUGAUCUCAGAGACCAUGAAACAAGGAUCCCCUGCUGACCCCUGGACAGGAUCUUGAGAACUGUCUACUGGAAUUUUCCAUGAGCUCUUCUGAUUGUCCAUCCUGCAGCAAGUUUCUAAUAUUCAUGGAUGUACUAUGUCUUCAUGGAUAGUCUACGUGUUCACAGAUAUUCUGUCAUGGGGAGUAAGACUUGCCCAACAAGUAUUUGCAGAUGUCCACCGUGGGAGAUGAUAAACCUUUGAAAUGCUUUAUAAAGUGCCCUUAUGUUCAAUA